CCUAAAAUGGCGAAUUUAGCAGCUGCUGUUGUUGCUGCCGCUGGUAGAGAUCCCGCUGUUGACCGUUCAUUGCGCUCUGUCUUUGUGGGAAACAUUCCAUAUGAGGCCACAGAGGAGCAACUGAAAGACAUUUUUUCAGAAGUCGGGCUUGUUGUCAGUUUUAGGUUAGUGUAUGAUAGGGAGACAGGCAAGCCAAAAGGAUAUGGCUUCUGUGAGUAUCAAGACCAGGAGACGGCCCUCAGUGCCAUGCGGAACCUGAACGGAAGAGAGUUCAGCGGCCGAGCUCUCCGUGUCGACAAUGCUGCUAGUGAGAAGAAUAAAGAAGAGCUCAAGAGUUUGGGGACGGGGGCCCCUAUCAUUGAAUCUCCCUACGGGGACAACAUAAUACCAGAUGAGGCUCCAGAGUCUAUAAGCAGAGCUGUGGCCAGUCUGCCCCCAGAGCAGAUGUUUGAGCUCAUGAAACAGAUGAAGCUGUGUGUGCAAAAUAGUCCCCAGGAGGCCAGGAACAUGCUGUUGCAGAACCCCCAGCUGGCCUUUGCCUUGCUCCAGGCCCAGGUGGUCAUGAGGAUCGUAGACCCUGAGAUCGCCUUGAAAAUGCUUCACCGUCAAAUCCCAGUGCAGCCAUUGGUUCCCAACAGUCAAGCUGGACCAGUGCCAGUGGCCAACCAGCCUAUUCCACCGCCCAAUGCUCCAGUCUCCCAGUCACAGCCAAUGCCGGGCAUGCACAUGAACGGAGCCCCCCAGAUGAUGCAGCCCCCUCCCAUAGGUGGAGGACCUGGGCCCAUGCCAGGGCAGGGACUGGUGGGACCACCAGGACCAGGUGUUAUCCCCCCCAGAGGCCUGCUUGGUGACGGCCCCAACGACCCCCGAGGAGGAACCCUGCUCUCAGUCACAGGAGAGGUCAUCGAACCCAGUCGUGGAGGAGGCUUCAUUGGCGCCCCCCCACCACACCAGGGGCCCCCCAUACACAUGAACCAGAUGGUUGGCGGGCCUCCUCCGGACAUGAGGCCGCCUCACGACAUGAGAGGACCCCCCAUGGGUGAACCCAGAGGCAUGAUGGGAGAGCCCCGGGGACCCCCCAUGGGUGAACCCAGAGGCAUGAUGGGAGAGCCCCGGGGACCCCCCAUGGGUGAACCCAGAGGCAUGAUGGGAGAGCCCCGGGGACCCCCCAUGGGUGAACCCAGAGGCAUGAUGGGAGAGCCCCGGGGACCCCCCAUGGGUGAACCCAGAGGCAUGAUGGGAGAGCCCCGGGGACCCCCCAUGAUGGAGCCCAGGGGACCCCCCAUGGAGACGAGAGGUCGUGACCCCAGAGCGGUGGACACCCGUGGACCAGUGUCAGGCCAGAGGGUUCCCAUGGCCCAAGGAAUGCAGGGCCCCCUCCCCCACUCCAUGAAUCCUAAUGCCCCUACAACUGCCAGACCGGGUCCUGGUGUACCACAGUCCGGAGGUAGCUUCAGCCCAGGGCAAAGCCAGGUGACCUCACAGGACCAUGAGAAGGCUGCCUUGAUCAUGCAGGUGCUGCAGCUGACCCCAGAACAGAUUGCUAUGCUGCCCCCAGAGCAGAGGCAGAGCAUCCUCAUCCUCAAAGAGCAGAUCCAGAAGACCGCCGGGGCGCCCUAAAGAACAACCAACUCCCUGUCCCCUAUAAUGUCGACGUCACCUCAUCCUAAUUUCAAACAUUUUGUAGAUUGUUUUGUAUUAUAUUGUCUUUUUUUAAUGGAAGAUUGAAGUGAGUGCUUGUGGUUUGAAGAAUGUCAGUUCAUCUUCAAAUGGCAAUACUUCAACAGAAGUAUUGCUGGAUGUUAUGGGUUUUUAUAUUGUCUAUCAAUAAAAAUAGAUGAACAAUUUUUCAGUACUGUAUUUUAUUCAGAUGGGAUGUUGGUAUGUACCGGAGAGGAUUUGAAGUGUCAUUGUAGAUUAAAAUAAACUAUUUGCUCAUCAGAAAAAGGCGAUACAAAUGAAGUGAAACAAUUGUGUAGGUUGAGGGGGUACACGGAGUGGAAGAGUCCUCACAUUUACAAAAUAAUUCCAAGGAAAGUACAUUUGUAUACAUGCUUCAUAGGAUUGUGACUCAUUUGUUCUAGAAUAGAUUCUGUGGCUUUGACUGGCAAUGCUUCGCCCUCAUUUAACACUUCAGUGCACCUGUAUUGUUUACAAGGAAAUGGAUAUACAGUAGGGCUUUUGUAAAAACAUUGCUAUCAUUUCCUUCUCUGUAGCUACACCUUGAAAGCGUGAAACUCAAAGGCCCCAGUGUCAUGUUCAGAUUGAAGAGCCAUGGUUGAUUCCUUAUUCUACACUGAAUAAAACAUAUUUAAAGUGUUGGGUGCAUGUUUGAGUUGAAAUAAAAUAUCCCAGAAAUAU